AGACCAGCCCCUGAGUUUCAUUUCUAUGUGUGGACAACAGUGUAGCCCUGUGAAACCGUCUCUCUUCUGUUUUGCAUGCAAACAAACAGCCACACAAGGUUAUCAGCGCCACUCUCAUAAGCUCUCGUCGUGUAUAUGCAAAAGGAAAGAGGCGAGCUCUGCGUUUGGGGUUAUAGCUGUUCUGGUCAAGAAGAGAGGAAGCCGCUCUCUCCGUCAUAUUCAAGAUCAGCUCGUCAUGGGCCCACUACUGACCAAGAACCAACAGAAACCAGCCCAAGUGCUGCUGAUGGGCCUGGACUCGGCGGGUAAGUCCACCCUGCUAUCCCGUCUGCUACAGGGAGUCAUUAUGGAGACCUCCCCCACGGUGGGCUUUAAUGUGGGGACCCUGGAGCUGGACAAAAGGACCUCCAUGACCGUGUGGGACAUAGGAGGACAGCGCACCAUGCGGCCCAACUGGAAGUACUAUCUGGAAGGUUGUAAGGCUCUGGUGUUUGUGGUGGACAGCAGUGACCGGGCGCGCAUAGGAGAGGCCCAGAAGGCUCUCAAGAAGAUUCUGUCCGACGAGAACAUGAGGGAGGUUCCACUUAUGGUUUUGGCCAACAAGAAGGACCUGCCCAACUCCAUGACCAUCCGAGAGGUGUCUAACCAGCUGGACCUUCCCAACUACAAAGGACGGACCUGGGAGAUCCAGGGCUGCAGCGCAGCUCAGGGUCUGGGGCUCCAGCAGGCUUUCCUGUCAUUGGCCAAACUUAUCAGGAAGAGCUGAGCUGGACACAGAUUAGGUGUGGCUGGCUCAGACUGCUGGUCAAAGAGGGCUAUGCUUGCUCAAUCUGAAGGUGAGUGUCGUUUCUCAUCGGACUGGGGGAAAAAAAACUAGAGGGAGAGAAUACGAUUGAAGAGAUCAUAAACAUCAACGAAACAGUUAACACCUGUUACGGAUUUACUCUUGUGAAGUUCGCUAAAUGGAUGAAGAACCUCCUUUGAUGACUGACAAAGUUACUUUUUCCUGUGAAUCGAAAUGCCAUGACCUCGUUCAACUUCACCGGUGUUAUGUUGGGUGUGUUUCACAGAUGUGUACGAUACCUCCCAUCAACAGUAAACCCUGAGCACAAUAGCACUGCAGGACAAGAGGUUUAAUUUAUUGAAAGAAUGUAGGCAAAAUUAACUAAUGUUUGACUAAAAUAAAAACAUAAAUAAAACCUAACCUGUAUGUUCAACAAAA